AUGUCUAAACACCGCAAUGCUGGUCUCACCCCAUUUCAAACAGUUCCAGUGUUUUCACAGAAAUGUCAGCGGUUUCGCUUCGAGCACCCUUUCACCUCCAUGAUUGCCGGAAUGACCGGGUCCGGAAAAACGGCCUGGGUUCGAUCGCUAUUGCAACAAGCUUCAGAGACCAUUUACCCUCCCCCGGAGAGUAUCGUUUGGUGUUAUUCGCAAUGGCAGCCUGCGUAUACACAAAUGUUAGUCGCCAUGCCAAACAUUGAAUUCGUCAAGGGAAUUCCUAAGGCUUUGGAGCAGGAUUCCUAUUUUGAUGUGAACAAACGAAAUUUGAUCGUGUUUGAUGAUCAGAUGAUUGACGCCAGUAAAGACAAGCGAAUUUUGAACCUCUUUACUCGUGGUUCUCAUCAUCGCAAUCUGAGCGUGAUUUAUAUCGUGCAGAAUCUAUUUCAUCAGGGGAAAGGUAGCCGCAGCAUAAGCCUAAACAGCCAUUAUCUGGUGUUAUUCAAGAAUCCACGAGACAAAUUGCAAAUCCUGACUCUGGCAAAGCAAAUGUAUCCCGGGCAGACUGAUUUCUUUUUUAAAUCAGUACGAAGAGGCUGUAAAAAGACCUUUUGGUUAUCUUCUGAUUGA